AUGAACUUCUUGCAUAGCGUUGGUCACUCUAUUGCCGCUGUUUAUGUCGCUUUUGCCACUGUUGCUUGUGUCGUCGGAGCUGCCUUCUUCCUCCCUUCAGAUAUUUCUGAAACUUCUGCUCUUCUCCGCCAUUUUGAAAUCUCUUCUCCACUCCACCGUUCUGAAACCUCUGCUUUGCUCCGCCGUGGUGCCGUGCUCUGUCCAUCGCAGGCGAGUCGACAACUCUCCGUCGUUCACCUCUUCCUCUCAAGCCUCUUGCCGCGGUCCUCAAGCAUCUCUUCCUUGAAGGCGCUGUCAUCCUUGAAGGCUUGCAUAGAUCUCUCAGAUGAUAUUGGAUCAAGGGAGAUUAGAAUGCUGGCGGCUACUGAGAUGCCAAAUCAUGGAAAACAAGCUUGUGUAAUUCCUGGUUUGCCGGAUUUUGCUGAAGUUUACAGCUUUAUUGGAAGCGUUUUUUAUCCUGGUACUAGAGGCCAUGUUCAUAAGCUGCAGGAAAUGAAUCCUAUAAAUUUUGAAACUGCUGCUUGUCAUAAUUGGUCAGAUGAGAAGUGGGUAACAGUGCUGAAAAACUGUUAUAAAGCACUUGAAGAGAAUGGAAAAGUGAUUAUCUUUGAGAUGAUCAUGCCUGAAGAACCAGAUUCAAGCAAUGCCUCUAAGCUUGUCUCUAUUGUUGACAAUUCUAUGUUCCUUCAUGCUGGAGGCAAGGAUAGAACAGAGAAAGAAUUUGGGAAGCUAAGCAAAGACGGUUUCUUUUUCGGUUUGAUUUAG